CGCUUCCUUCAGCUUCUCCCAGCUCAUCACUCUUCGCGGCAUUCAGGUCCAUCCCGCUAGCUCGUCAUCAUGGCGCCCGGUGCUGUUGUAACCACAAGCUCCCCUACGGGCUUCAUGCACCUCAUUGACCCCAAUAGGAAGUGGUACAAUAACAGAAGGCUCAUUACCCUCCAUGCAUGGCUCGUCCUUCUCCUCAUCACGUCGUCAACGAAUGGUUUCGACGGUUCCUUGAUGAAUUCGUUACAAUCUAUGAACCAAUGGGAGUCCUUCUUCAACCAUCCUCAAGGAGGCACGCUCGGUCUGUUGAACGCUAUCCAAAACAUUGGAUCCCUUGCCGGCUACCCCUUCGCGCCUUACCUUUCAGACGGUAUCGGCCGUCGGCCCUCCAUCUGGAUUGGUGCCGUGUUCAUGUUGGCAGGCGCGGCUCUCCAGACGGCCUGCCAGAACAUCCACCAGUUCAUUGGCGCUCGUUUCCUCCUCGGUUUUGGUCUGUCUAUCGCAACAAACGCCGCUGCAAUGUUGGUGACGGAGGUCUCGUACCCCCUGUACCGUCCUCAGUUGUCGUCACUGUACAACACCCUCUGGUACUCAGGUAACAUUGUCGCAUCCUGGGCCUCGUUCGGUACAGCUCGCAUCCACAACGACUGGGCAUGGCGUAUCCCCUCCAUCCUCCAGGCCAUCCCGUCGUUCUUCCAGUUCUUCCUCAUCUGGUUUGUUCCCGAGUCCCCGCGUUGGCUGAUCAGCAAAGGGAAGGACACUCAAGCUCUCCGUACCCUCGCUCACUACCAUGCGGAUGGCGAUGAGAGGGAUCCUCUCGUCAUCUACGAGUUCGAGGAGAUCAAGGCCGCCAUUAAGUUGGACCAGGAAAACAAGAACCGCGUCGGCUGGAAGGCCCUCGUCGCGACCCGUGGCAACCGCAAGCGUAUGGUCAUCAUUGUGGCCAUCGCGUGGUUCUCGCAGUGGUCCGGCAACGGUCUCGUGUCCUACUACCUCAACCAGGUCUUCGACACCAUCGGCAUCACGGACAACCUCACCCAGCUGCUCAUCACCGGUAUCCUCGCCAUCUGGAACUUGUUCUGGGCCGUGUUCGCGUCGUUCCAGGUCGACCGCUGGGGCCGCCGCUUCCUGUUCCUUACGUCUGCGGCUGGUAUGACGUUGUUCUUCACCCUCCAGACGGUCUGCUCGGCCCAGUAUGCACUUCACGGGACGCACGCUGCCGCUCACGCUGUCAUCGCAUUCAUCUUCCUGUUCUACGCCUUCUACGAUCUUGCCUUCACGCCGCUCAUCGUCUCGUACACACUCGAGAUUCUCCCGUAUUCGCUCCGUGCGAAGGGCUACAACGUUUUCAACUUCACGGUCUCCGUCGCUCUUAUCUUCAACCAGUACGUCAACCCCAUCGCCCUCAAGGCCAUUGGCUGGAAGUACUACAUCGUGUACUGCUGCUGGCUCGCGUUCGAGACCGUCUUCCUGUACUUCUUCGUCGUCGAGACCCAAAACCGCACGCUCGAGGAGACCGCCGCGCUGUUCGACGGCGACGACGUCGUGAAGCUGCAGCAGAUCGCACACCAGGCCGCCGAGGUCCGCAACGAGGACUACGACGAAAAGGGCUCCGACCCCGGCCUCAGGGUGUAAGCACCCGCCACGGGCGCCGGCCUCGGUCGUUUCGCUCUCCUUCCACCUUGGUUUUGUGUUUGUCUCCUCAGUUACGAUUGGACGUAGUAGGCGUACGCGCGGCAGACCCACAUCGCUGUGCACGCGUUGUAUUUGUACCGAUAUCCACGGGCCGUGAGCCCCGCUUCCCACCUCAUCGCUCUCUCGAGACCCGGCUCUGCGUUGUUGCGAUGGCCUCAGUCGUGGGUGUGUCUCUUCUUGGUCCCUUCGCCGCCUCCUAUUGCUUUCGCACGAUGUAGUAUAGUACCAGUACCCCUCUCAAGCUUCCCCGCGACGCUCGACUCUUCCCAGACUCGGCUCUCGCAUUCUCGCGAUUUCGCACCCACUCACCCCUGACGCGUUCCUCAACGAAAUGUAACGUGCCCUCGAGAUGUACAUCAUGAUCAUUCCUGGACGAACCUUACUACCGCUCGCCCCCAGUCUAGUCCUACACUACUUGCUCGUUCUAUCUCAAAUAACGUUUCAAC